CGUUUUGUCACAGAAGCAGGAGUAGGUGGGUUACAGGCUUCAUGAGCAGGAGAGGCGGAAACUAAGGGAGGCUCGUGUGUCAGAGGAGGCAUGUUUAAAAAGCAGCAGGUCUGACGGAGUCUGCCUUAAUACUCUCCCCAGCACACGGAAGGAGGGAGGGGGUGGAGGUUGCUGCUAUGAGAGGAAAAAAAAAGCCGCCACAACAGAGCUUCUGCCUUCAAAGGUUGGCUUGUCACCUGAAGCAGCCACUGCCCAGGGGUUGCAAAGAAGAGACAGCAGCGCCCAGCUUGGAGGUGCUAACUGCAGAGGCCAGCGGUCAGCAACUGGGCACAGAAGGAGCUUCCUGGGCAGGAACCAUGGCACGGCCACAUCCCUGGUGGCUGUGCAUUCUGGGGACCCUGGUGGGGCUCUCAGCUACUCCAGCCCCCAAGAGCUGCCCAGAAAGGCACUACUGGGCUCAGGCAAAGCUGUGCUGCCAGAUGUGUGCACCAGGAACAUUCCUUGUGAAGGACUGUGACCAGCACAGAAAGGCUGCUCAGUGUGACCCUUGCGUACCCGGGGUCUCCUUCUCUCCAGACCACCACGCCCGGCCCCACUGUGAGAGCUGUCGGCACUGCAACUCUGGUCUUCUCAUUCGCAACUGCACCAUCACUGCCAAUGCCGAGUGUGCCUGUCCCGAUGGCUGGCAGUGCCGGGACAAGGAGUGCACCGAGUGUGAUCCACCUCCAGACACUUUGCUGACCACUCAGCUGUCUCAGGCCCUGGACCCACACCUUCAGCCCACCCACUUACCUUAUGUCAGUGAGAUGCUGGAAGCCAGGACAGCUGGGCACAUGCAGACCCUGGCUGGCUUCAGGCAGCUGCCUGCCCCAACUCCCUCUACCCACUGGCCAGCCCAAAGCUCCCUGUGCAGCUCAGAUUUUAUUCGCAUCCUUGUGAUCUUCUCUGGAACGUUUCUUGUUUUUACCCUGGCUGGAGCCCUGUUCCUCCAUCAACAAAGGAAACAUAGAUCAAACAAAGGAGAAAGUCCUGUGGAGCCUGCAGAGCCUUGUCCUUACAGCUGCCCCAGGGAGGAGGAGGGCAGCACCAUCCCCAUCCAGGAGGAUUACCGAAAACCGGAGCCUACCUCCUCCCCCUGAGCCAGUGCCUGCGGGAGCUGCAUUACAGCCCUGGCCUCCACCCCACACCGCCAACCAUCCAGGGAGAGUGAGACCUGGCAGCCGCAACUGCAGCCCCAUCCUCUUUUCAGGGCCUUUCAUGUGUACACCUGUGACAGAGUGCCUUUUCGAGACUGGCAGGGACAAGGACAAAUAAGGAUGAGGUGGAGGGUGGGAAGCAGGAGGCUGGCCAGCUGCACCUGCGCUGCAGGAGGGCAGGGGCUCUGGUUGUAAAACACACUUCCUAAUUCGAAAGGUUCACAUGCUACAAGACGGGCGAAAUAAAGUGACAGAUGACCACCCUGCA